GAGACUCUGAUCACCAGCAGUGUCGCCUGGCCCGGGGCUCGGGAGCGCUGUCGCGACCCGUCCCCCGGCGCCCAGGCCCCACAACGAUGCAGCAGCAGCAGCCGCCGUUUCAUUGUAAUUAAUGUUACUUAG